UUUUCAUUACAAAAAGAUGCAAAAGUACCAAAAGUAGAAUAGAAAGACAUCUUCAAUACUAAGAAUCCUAUUUCAGUUUCUCCCCUACCUUUAUAACAAGUCUAAAAUCUCCCUCUCAAUGAUACUUACUCCACUGGUUUCAAGUUCACAUAAACAGUCUCUCAGUAGUUUUUAUGUUUUCAAGUUAAUUUCCUCAACAAUCCAGUCUUCCAUUCUCUCUCACUCCCAUCUUCUUCUUAUUCUCUUCAUACAUUAAGAUUCAAUCUUUUAGUGUUCAACUUUUCUGUCGUAUGCCAUAAGUUCUUUUUUAUUUUAGUGUUUGUCAUUCUCUUCUUUUCUACCCACAAUUCCUUUGUUCUUUUCACUCUCAAAUUGCAUAUUUUCCUCUGCAAGAAAACGCUUUCUUGUUGUGGUUAAUUUCAACUCUCUAUCUUCCAGCAUACUUUUUUCAUCAGCAGCCUUCACAUGGGUACUUUAAAGGCAAGCUUAAAAGAUGAGAUGACGUCGCCGGUAGUAGAGACAGCGAAUGCAGGAGCAGAGGCAAGUUGUUGCACGCACAGAUCAAUCGAAACACUUGUGGUUGUGCUAGCAGUGAUCACCAUUGUGGGUGUUAUUGCAGGGAUCAUUGCUAAGCUUUGUGGUGGAAGACAUUUUGGUGGUAAUGGAGAGAAUGACAUCGAAGGUUGGGUUGAAAAGAAGUGUAGAAGUUGCCUUGACGGUGGAAUCUCGGCUGAAACACCACCACCACCACCACCUCCACCUCCACCACCAGAGGAGCCCAAGCCAACAGCGGAAGAAACAAAGAAGUGAUCAAAUUGGAGAUACAUGAAUAUUUCUAAUACUGUAUCACAAGUGUAUUCUUUUUAUUUGAAUCAGAAUAUUAAAACUUUUAGUGUUAAAUAGUAGCUACUAGAAGCUUAAUCAAAUUUAAUGUUCUUUCUGAUACUAAUGAAACCAUCUUUCUAGUUCAAAAUGAA